AUGGCUACAGGCACUUCUUAUAAUCCAGGAGGACGAAUCCCAGGAGUAGGGUAUUUACCACCACCGACGUUAAAUACAUCUUCCAUGAUUUCAAUUAGACAACAGAUGGAUGAAAGUAAUCAUGAUAUGGUUAAUGCUUUGACUCAACAAAUUGGGACUAUAUUCACUCCCAUGGUAAAUAACACAAACCAUAGUUAUGAAAUGUUAGCCAAUCAAAUGUCUAGAAUAGCAGACUUCUUUGGGACACCACCGGUUCAACCUAGGCAUACGUCCCAAGUGUCGAACGUAAGGGUAGUCGAAACACCAGGAAAUGGGUUUGAUCAAGGUACUCAGCGUCAAGCUACGGAGCAAGACGAAGAGGAACAUUUGGAACAGAAUGUACCCAGGGUAGUACAAAGAAAUCAAGAUGCAAAGCAAGUUUUAAGAAAUGUUCAGCAAAAUAAUUUUAUGGGUCAUAAUAAUAUUUCAAAUGUAGUAGAACAAAUUUUAGUCCAAAAUGGUAUAAAUGUGGGUUUGCAUAGACCCAAUUUUGUGUCUCCUUUGUCGGAGUACAUUAGACAAACUGAGUUACCUAGAGGGUGGAAAGUUCCAAAAUUUACAAAGUUUGCUGGCGAGACUGGUGAGUCUACCGUCAAACACGUUGCUAGAUUUCAAACGGAAGCAGACGAUCUUGCUAAUAAUGAAAACCUUAAAAUAAAAUACUUCCCCAGUUGGAAAGAUUGUUUCACGAACAGUUUUAUAUGGGGCAAUCUAAAAUUAGUUUGA